UUCAGCGGUCAGCCUGAGCGCCGCUCCCCGGCAAAAGGAGUCUCUGAGGCGCGGAAGUGCAGCUCGGAGAGUCGGAGUCCUCCCCGGAGCUCCCCUCCCUCUGGAAUAUUAGUUUCCUGCGUGGUUCCGUCCCGGUUCAGGACCGGUUUGGUUCUGGGUGUAUCUGUUGGACGGUUCAGGAAGUUUGUUCGGUUUGGAGCUUGUCGUCGUGGAGGCAUUUUUCUUGGAUUUUGUGGAUUUUACGGCGGGAAGAACAACUGGAAGCCUAUCCUGUGGAGGAAGUGUAUGUGUUGUUCUGAGCUCCGAACCGAACCGAGCCGAGUCAGAACAUGCCAGUAAGAAAGAAAGACGCACAGCGAGCUCUGCUGCUGCUGGAGGAGUACCGUAACAAGCUGAACCACACCGAGGACCGGCAGCUCCGACGCUCCAUCCAGAGGGUCAUCGACAUCUUCCAGAGCAACCUCUUCCAGGCUCUCAUAGAUAUCCAGGAAUUUUACGAAGUGACCUUAUUGGACAGUCAGACAUGGGUGGAGUCUUCCAAAGGGGCGGAGCAAGGCGUGCCCCUCAACCUGUGGGACUUCUCGAGCCUCCAGAGCCCGACCGGGACCUCAGAGACCCUGCCCAGCCUUAGCACCAGCAUCGAGGAGUCCCCCCUUCUUAACGAAAUCCUGCACACGUUGGCGAAGGCCAAACUCUCGCCCCGCCAUGACGGACAUAAGUACCGGCACCAUGAUGAGGACUCUUCCCCCCAGGAGCAGAGCUCCCCCCAGCUCACGGAGGAGGCGGGAGGUCCGGAGCUGGUCCAGGUAGCAGAGAAGAACCUCUCCCAGAUUGAAAACGUGCACGGAUACGUCACCCACGCUCACAUCUCACCUAUGAAGGUAGCGUCUCUGGAGUGCAUCUUCGACGGCUCUUCGUCGUUAGGACGCUUCCACUCGGAGCUUCCCUCCCCCACGCCCUCCACUCUGUACCCCCAUGGAGAGGACAGCCCCCUCCCCUCCUGUUCUUCCAACCCCUACCCCCCGAUCCAGCAGGCAGAGGCUGCCCCGCCCUCCUCUCCUAUAAUCCCUGUGAUCCCCAUCUCACCAAUCCCAGCCGAGACCACCAUCAUCCCUCCGACGUCACAGGCCAAUCCUCCGCCUGUGGUGGUCAACACGGACAGCCUGGACACGCCUCCAUACGUGAACGGGACGGAGGCUGAAUAUGAGUACGAGGAGAUCACCUUGGAGAGGGGGAACUCUGGGCUGGGCUUCAGCAUCGCAGGAGGUACGGACAAUCCCCACAUUGGUGAAGACCCCAGCAUCUUCAUCACCAAAGUCAUACCUGGAGGAGCUGCAGCUCAGGAUGGACGGCUCAGGGUGAACGACGUCAUCCUGAGGGUAAAUGAGGUGGACGUCCGGGACGUGACCCACAGCCGGGCUGUGGAGGCGCUGAAGGAGGCGGGAUCUCUGGUCCGACUCUACAUCCGCAGAAGAAAACCGGUCUCAGAAAAAUUGAUGGAGCUCAAGUUGGUGAAAGGACCCAAAGGUCUGGGUUUCAGUAUAGCAGGUGGAGUCGGGAACCAGCACAUCCCCGGAGACAACAGCAUCUACGUCACCAAGAUCAUAGAAGGCGGCGCUGCACAGAAGGACGGGAGGCUGCAGAUUGGAGACAAACUGCUGGCUGUGAACAGUGUCUGUCUGGAGGAGGUGACCCAUGAACACGCCGUCACUGCCUUGAAAAACACUCCUGAUGUGGUCUACUUGAAAGUUGCAAAACCCAACAGUGUCUUCAUGAAUGACAGCUUCGCCCCGCCCGACCUGACCAACUCCUACACACAGCCCAUGGAGAACCAUAUCAGCACCUCCAACUUCCUAGGUCAGACCCUCCCCCCACCGGCAUCAUCGGGACGCUACUCACCAACGCCGAAGAGCAUGCUGGGAGAAGAUGACGUCACACGGGAGCCGAGGAAGGUGGUUCUGCACCGCGGAGCGACCGGACUGGGUUUCAACAUUGUGGGUGGGGAGGACGGAGAAGGGAUCUUCAUCUCCUUCAUCCUCGCCGGAGGACCGGCCGACCUGAGCGGAGAGCUGAGGAAAGGAGACAGACUCGUGUCGGUAAACGGGGUGGACCUGCGGAGCGCCACGCACGAGCAGGCCGCCGCCACCCUGAAGAACGCCGGGCAGACGGUGACCAUCGUGGCCCACUACAGGCCAGAGGAGUACAGCCGGUUUGAGGCGAAGAUCCACGACCUGAGGGAGCAGAUGAUGAACAGCAGCAUCAGCUCAGGAUCCGGAUCCCUGAGGACGAGUCAGAAGAGGUCUCUCUACGUCAGAGCUCUGUUUGACUACGACAAGACGAGAGACUCGGGUCUACCCAGUCAGGGCCUGAAUUUUAAGUUCGGAGACAUCCUCCACGUGGUGAACGCCUCUGACGAUGAGUGGUGGCAGGCCCGACAUCUGACGCCUCAGGGGGAGCUGGAGGAGGUGGGAGUGAUCCCCAGCAAGAGACGAGUGGAGAAGAAGGAGCGAGCGAGGUUAAAGACGGUGAAGUUCAACGCCAAGUCAAAAGACCGAGGGCAGUCCGUCAAUGACAAGCGUAAAAAGAACCUCUUUACCCGAAAGUUUCCGUUCUACAAGAGCAAAGAGCCGAGCGAGCAGGAGACCAGCGACGUCGACCAACAUGUGACGUCUAACGCCAGUGAUAGUGAGAGUAGCUACCGUGGGCAGGAGGACUACGUUCUGUCGUAUGAACCCGUCCUUCAACAGGAAGUGAACUACACCCGACCCGUCAUCAUCCUCGGACCCAUGAAGGACCGGAUCAACGACGACCUGAUCUCAGAAUUCCCAGAUAAAUUCGGCUCCUGCGUUCCUCAUACGACCCGACCCAAACGAGACUACGAGGUGGACGGCAGAGAUUACCACUUCGUUCUCUCCAGAGAGCAGAUGGAGAAGGACAUCCAGGAACACAAGUUCAUCGAGGCGGGCCAGUACAACAACCACCUGUACGGAACCAGCGUCCAGUCGGUCCGAGAGGUGGCAGAGAAGGGUAAACACUGCAUCCUGGACGUGUCGGGCAACGCCAUCAAGAGGCUCCAGCUGUCUCUGCUUCAUCCCAUCGCCAUCUUCAUCAAACCCAAAUCUGUGGAGAACAUCAUGGAGAUGAACAAACGUCUGACGGAGGAGCAGGGCCGGAAAACCUUCGACAGAGCCGGCAAGCUGGAGCAGGAGUUCACCGAGCACUUCACAGCCAUCGUUCAGGGCGACACGCUGGAGGAGAUCUACGACCAGGCGAAGCAGAUCAUUGAGGAGCAGUCGGGUCCGUUCAUCUGGGUUCUGUCCAAGGAGAAGCUAUGAGACCCUCCGCCGGCUUUGUCUCUCCUCUUCUUCAUCACUUUGUUUUAUUUUGGAAAGAAGAGUCGACCUGCAGACGGCAGCCUCCACCCUGCAUCCAUCCAUCCAUCAUCCAUCCAUCAUCCGUCAGCAGAUGGCUUCAUGUUGUUCGUUCGCCUCGUUAGGAAGCACACAGGAAGUGACAUCACACUCAGCACGGUACAGCUCCUUAAUGUUUAAGGACGGAGGAGAAGAAGAAGAGUCCAGAAAUGUACGAAGCAUAUUUUUUCUCCUUUUUGUAGUUUUUUUGUGGGUUUUUCCCAGCUGGAGGAAGCAGAGACACAAAAAGCAAAACUUUGCACGUUUGAGCUUUAACAGCAUGUCGGUUUAAACCCGUUUUAUUUCCCAUCAGCCCCUUCACCUCAGCGUCUGACAUCACAGCUUCCUUCUUUAUUUUUUAGUUGAUUCAUGUUGAGUUUUUAACAUUUUCCGCUCCUCACUGCUGCAGGAUGUUUGUCAGGAUGCCGCAGGGUCGCUGCGCCACCACUAGAGGGCGCCAAACAGCUCAACACUUAAAUCUGUUGCUUUUAAAUUUUUUAAUUAUUUUAAACGAAUCAUUUUAAUUAAAAUAGACUGAAAAUGAGAUUGUUUAUUGGUGUUAGACUGCCAGUUAAUGUGAGUCAAUAAAUUUAUCAGAAUUAUUGAUUCGACUGAAACUAACCGGUUCUUCUGGUCCAUUUAGAACCAAAUAUCACAAAAAAAAAAACGUUUGUGCCAAAAAUCAAGUAGCAUAGAAUCAUCAUUAAAAAAUUUAUUUUUACAAAACAUAAUAAUAAAAAGUGAUUUAGGCAAAGUUAGUGGAAAACACAAAUUAUUAUUUAUUUUACUAAUAGAACAUUUUUAUAUUGACCUAAAGUCAAAUAUUAGCUGUAAAAAGUGAGUAACUGAAGGGAAAUUUCCAGAAAUAUUUUCCCAUUUUGUUUCUAAAUCACACAAAUCAUCAUCAGCAAAAAUAAGAUUAAUAAAAAUAUUUUAACUUUAGGUCUCCUGAAAUCUGUGCCAAAAUCUGGGAGUUUAUCUUCUAACCACAAAAACCUAAAUUAGCACAAUUUAUACCAAUAGAUUUCAACUUAUAGAGACAUCAAACCUUUCAUUUAAAACAGUGAAACAUGAAUUGGAUGAUAUUUAAAAUUGAUUUAAUGAAACAAAUUCAAUCUAUUUACUGUAAUAAAAUUCUCCAAGUUGAAUCCUCUGAGAUUAAUGGUUUGAAAUAAAAUUAGAAAACUUCAAACAUUUACUUGGUAAAACUAAAAGCAAAAAGCUGCUGUUCAGAAAUCUUUUUUAUGAGUAAAAAUUCUCAUGAAAAAAUCUGAAGAUUUACAAAUAAAACAAGAACCUCAGGAAGGGAAAUAACUUUAUUGCCUUAGGAUAAAAACAAUCUAUGAUAAAUAUAAAAACUUUAUUUUUUACAAGCUUAAUGACACGUCAUGAAUGAAUAAAAAAUGAUUUAAAAACAAGAAAAAUAACCAGAAGCUGGAGGUUUUAAAGAUUAUAAGUUUACAGUAAAAUGAAUUUCAGAUUCCUUCAUAUAAACCAGUUUACCUCAUCCUGGCAUGAAAUCACCAAACUGCAUCACAAACCAGAUUAUCUCUCCGUUUCCUCGGCAACGUCAGGCUUGCCUUGGGCUCAGUGGCGCCCUCUGGGACCCAGGGGUUGCUAUGACAACGUCCAUCAGCAGGUCAGUGUUGUUGCGGCCGCAGCUGGAGCUGCAGCGCCCCCUGCAGGCGCUGAGAUGACAGAUAUUUAACCCUUGGGUAAACUGCCUAUUUUGUUAUAAUGAAAGUCUAUAUUGAACUUCAGCACUACGGGAUUAUUUCUUUGCUUUGUUAAUCAUAAAUGAAUAGAGACGUAUAAAGAGAUUUGAAUAUGAAUAUAUAUUUUUCUUUUUCUUUGAUCACCUCCUUCUUUGUCUUUUAAUUUUCUUUUUUAAGCAUAAUAAAAAGUUAACAAGAAAA